AUGGCGGCAUCUACGUACAAUGGCUACAUUAGGGAGUUUAACCCUAAAGAGUGUAACUGGACCAUUUACAAAGAGAGGCUGUUUCAGUUUUUCAUUGUAAACAAUGUGGACAAACAAGAGAUAAAAAGGGCGUUAUUGUUAAACGCCUGCAACGAAGAGAGUUAUCAGUUAAUAAGUAAUCUGUGUGUGCCAAAUUCUCCCGAUGCAACGGACUUCAAGGCUUUAAUUGAAUUGUGUGAUAAACAUUUCGCACCACAAAAAGCGUUGUUUCCAGAACGUUUUAAGUUUUAUCACGCAAAUCGAAACGUGGACGAAACCAUCAUGGACUGGGCGGCUAGGGUAAAAAACUUAGCGUCCAAAUGUAAAUUUGGAUCUGAAUUAAGUGUUGCGAUGCGUGAUAAGUUUAUAGUUGGCAUGGAGGAUAAAGCAAUUUUGAAUCGUCUAUUUGAGGAAGACGUGAGUACAUUAACGUUAGAUAAAGCAAUUGAUAUCGCGUUAAGUAAGGAAGCAGUAUUAAAGAACUAUGAGGCAAGUGCUAAUACGGUAAUUAAACAAGAACCCAUGGAGGUGUACAAAACUUCUCAGCAAUGGGCGACCGACAAGCGUAAGGGGAGCAGUAGCAGCAGCAGUAACCAGAGAGCAGAGGCUGGAUCUGCAGGAGCAUCCCGUGCGGCGUCCAGAAGAGGAGGGCGCAGCAGCGGUCCACAAGGGAAAGUUGGUCAGGACGCUCAAUGUGCUGUAUGUGGUAAAAAUCACGGUCAAAGUAAGUGUCGUUAUCGUUAUUAUACCUGUAACAAAUGUGGGGUGAAAGGUCAUUUAAUGGCCAUGUGCAAUUCUACGAAAUCGCGCAAACAAUUCUUUAUUGAGGACGAUUUGAAUGACGAUUGUAUUUAUAGUAUUAAAGGGGAAAAUAAUCCUAUUUUUGUCAGUGUAAAAAUUGCAAAUUUGUCCUUCACUUUCGAAAUUGAUACCGUUUUUAAGAAUUAUACGGGAGGGAAAAUGAUUCCUUUAGGUUAUAUUGUUGUACCAAUUGAAUAUAAGGGUGUAAUGAAGGAUGUUAAAUUGUUCGUCUUAAGGGACGGAGGGCCUCCUUUAUUAGGCAGGGAUUUUUUCUAUAAGUAUGAAUUGUGUAUAAACAGCAUAAGAAUGGAAGGUUUAGAAAUGGAAAUUUUUAGGGAAUGUGAGAAGGUGUUUGCAAACACAUUAGGUAAAUUUACUAAAGGCAAAAUAAAAUUGAAUUUAAAAGAGGCUGCCAUUCCAAAAUUUCAGAAGGCUAGAGUUUUACCUUUCGCAAUGCGGGAAAAAGUAGAAAAAGAAAUUGCGAGGUUAGUCGAUAUAGGAGUUUUGGUUAAAGUAGAUUACAGCGAAUGGGGAACGCCCGUAGUUCCAAUUUUGAAAAAAGACGGAUCCAUUAGACUUUGUGGUGACUAUAAAGUCACUCUCAACCCAUCUUUGCAAGAGGAACCUUAUCCUAUACCACGAGUAGAAGAACUGUUUGCUAAGUUGUGUAAUGGUAAACAAUUUUCAAAAAUUGAUCUUUCGCAGGCCUACUCUCAAAUCGAGUUAGAUUCAGAAUCUCAAAUGUUGACAACCAUUAGUACCCAUAAGGGAUUAUUUAAAUAUACAAGGUUGCCAUUUGGAGUCAGUUCCGCUCCCAAAAAGUUUCAAAAAAUUAUGGAGAGAGUUUUGCAAAGUACAGAUGGGGUAGUAUGUUUUUAUGAUGAUGUACUAGUCACUGGGUCUACAAAAGAGGAACAUGUUCGGAGAUUAAAAGAUACUUUAAAGCGUUUAGGAGAUUGCGGUUUAACCGUACGAAAAGACAAAUGUAGUUUUUUUCAGGAGAGUAUUGAAUAUUUAGGAUAUCGUAUAGAUAAACACGGGUUGCAUACGUGUCCUAAAAAUAUUAAAGCUAUUCAGGAAGCGCCACGUCCUAUAAAUGUGACGCAAUUACAGGGUUUUCUCGGGAUGAUAAACUAUUAUAAUAAAUUUAUACCGAGUGCGGCAACGGUAUUAAGACCGUUAUACGAUUUAUUAAAAAAGGGGGUCAUUUUUCAGUGGAAUGCCGCAUGUGAAGAUGCAUUUAAAAGGGUUAAAGACAUUUUAACUUCUGCGGAGGUACUGAUACAUUUUGAUUCAAGCUUACCCAUCAGGUUAACGGUGGAUGCCUCUCAAUAUGGAGUGGGAGCCGUAAUUUCACAUGUUACUGAGGGUAAUGUCGAAAGACCAAUAGCGUGUAAUGAUGAAACUGUUCAAUAUUCAAAUAGAUGCAAGUGUGAAUCAGCUGGAUCUAGAUGGGCUACGGUCUGCUUCCAUGCUAACCGAUUAGCAAUGAUUCUUUUCCAUGUUAAUCUAGCCCGCAAUAUCCUUAAAGUGAAUCUGAGAAAUAUUAAAGAAUUAUGA